UGGCUUCCUUUGAAUUACUACAACGCAGCUGUAGGUUCUUCUAUCAGGACAUGACGGAGAAGAAGAGGAACAGUUGGGUCAUCACUUUGGUGGCUUAAAUUCUUUAGUCUUGUAGUUAAAAUUCUUUUUUGGUCAAAUAAAGGAGUAAAGCUCAGAUAGUUAUUGAGAGAGUUUGUUUUUUUAUUUAACAGUCUGAGAACAGGAAAUGCCUACUGUUAGUAGGUAUAUGAGUUUCCGUUCAUCAAAGCGAUUGAAAGUUAGCAGCAGCUACCCAGUGGAGAGCGGCGGGCUGCCUGCAAAAACCAAGAAAAGCAGGAGCAGUCAGAGCAACUCCGCCGUCAAGAAGACAGAGGCGAGGAAAGCCUUGAGUUUGGAGGCUGCUCAGCUUGAGCUGCAGCAGCAGCACAAGACCCUCACCAGACAGAUAGCUCUCAGGUCAGAAACAUUUGAUGUUGACAGCAAAGGCUUUGAGAGAACAGAGAGCAGCGGCACACAAAGUAGUUUCACCAAGCACAAUAAGACAUUCCACAAGUUGUUCCCGGACAUUCCUGACAAUGAAGACUUGAUACAUGCGUACAUAUGUGCCCUGCAGAGGGAAGUGCCCUAUCAUGGUCGGCUUUACAUCACCGACACCAACGCCUGUUUCUAUUCCUCAGUUCUGCUAAAGGACACCAGGGUUGUCAUUCCAGUUUCCUCUAUCCACACAGUGAAGAAACAGAACACAGCUCUGCUGGUGCCUAAUGCCCUGUCCCUUCGCACCACAGAAGGAGAGAAGUACCUCUUUGUGUCGCUGAGGAACAGAGAAUCCUGUUACCAGCUGCUUCGCUCCGUCUGUCCUCAGAUAGAGGAGGGGAGCACAAACAGCAGCCCUAUUUUCUCCUCAGGUGAAAACAGCUUUGAUAAAAGCAAACUAGUGAACUCCAGCCAGUCCAGUUUGGAUGACAGCUUGGACGGUUCUGAAACUUCAUCUUUGCAGAAUCCGCCUCGGCAGAGGGCUCACAGAGUAGAAGCAGUGCCUAAUGGAAACGCUUCAGGUUCCAGCAGUCUGCAGCAAAGUGACAGCUCGUCUUCAGAGGAGCUCUCAGAGUCAGGUGGAUGGUGGAUAUCUAACGUGACUGAAAAAGCCAAGUCUCUGCUGGUUCAGAGAGAGUUCACCUCACUCAACACUCUUCUUUUUAUUUACUUGAUUUUGGUGGUACUGCUGCUGCUGUCUUCAGGUUACAUCGGUCUCCGUAUCGUGGCCCUUGAGGAACAGCUUACAUCCCUGGGUGCGCUGCCAGAGUUCAGCUUACAGAGCGGGUAUAACAAAAACACAUAACCCUCAGCGAAGGGAGGAGAGAUGUGCGGACCUGUGAUUGGAAGAUCAUUCCUACUCUUCACAGCUGGAAGGCAACCAUUAUUGUGCUCUGAAAAUGGCCUGCACUGUUAUGAGGAGAAAGAGUAGCAACCCUGUGCUAACCUUGGAGAGAUCUGAUUUCUUGGAGUACAGUAAAUAAUCUGAUAUGUUGCAGCUUUGAAACCCCAGAGCCAAGCCAAAAAAAAAAAAAAACUCAUGUUGCCUGGUUGCAGUGUGCCAGUUGUUCAAACCAAAGCCAAAACGGCUCCAACUCAGUGAAGUGCCACACUAGCCAAGUCAACUGGCACUUUGCUACCAGAACUUUCUCACCAUCUGUGAACUGAUGUCGCUCAUUGUCCUGUUCUAAAGCAUGCAAUCUGAAUAGGGCUAUACUGAUCAGCAUUAGCCUGCUGUAGUGCUUAUUACUGCACGUCAACACUGGAGACGUAGUUCUAUGCAUAGCCAAAGAUGCACAAAGUGCACAUCUUAUGCAUGAGUGCACAGAGAGAUUUUUUUUCCAUCUCUUUAAGCUUUCAUCUCGAAGCUGACCAUUCAGUCCUGUCUUCGUCUCUACAUUCAGCAAGUUUGGGGUACCUUAAAGCGCUCUUUAGUGGCUGUGAGUUGAAAUGUUGAUUUAUAAAAUCUCAGCCCAACAAGGCUUCAUUUCUUGAUGGCCCUAUCCUUUCUCUCUGAUUCAAAUCUAACUUUCCUGUUGUUUGGCAUGAUUUAAAGAUGUUUAAUGAUCAAUGCUCAGAUGUUAUUUUCCUUUAAGACUCUACUGGAUCAACGCACAAAUACUGAGCACAACAGGACAAGUGAAAGUUGUCCCAAAGGCAUAGAUUUUGGUCUAAAAGUAGAGUCAAGUCUGUCUGCUUCAGGUGUCUGUUUGUUGUAGCGUCUUCUUGCAAAAAUAGCAUUUUGUUGUUGAGCGACAUGCUUGUUCAGGACCAAUUACCAAUAAUGUAUUUUUUAAUGUUUGUGUCUGCAGUUAUCGACACUGUACUGAUUGUGUAGAUGCGUCAGCGGGAGGAUUAAUGAAUAGUGCUUAAAGGUCCAGGUUUUCAAAUGCAAAAAAAGUGGUCCCUAAAAGAAAUUUCACUCUGCAAAAAGAAACUAAUAUGCAUGGAAAAAUGUAACUUAUGUUGUGCAGUUUUUAAAUGAACCUUUUGUUUGUGGGGAAGAGGCAAUCCAACAAAAUAAACUUGAGCGAGAGUAACAGCUCAACUAUUAAGCAAGCGCACUUUAAUAAAAAAAUAAAAAAAAAUCAAACCAUGCAUUGUGCCUGUCACAACCCCAAACACUUUGGUUU